AUGGUGGUGUUUCACCCUCCACUGGAAUUGCUUCCAACUGACACUCCCACGAGGCUAAUUCAAUGGUCGCCUCCAACUUUGCAUGACUUUUGCUUGAAUGUUGAUGGCGGUGUUUCACCCUCCACUGGAAUUGCUUACAUCGCUUAUCUUCUUCGGGAUAAUAGAGGUAACUGGGUUAUGGGGUUUAAAAAAACUGUUGGCUUUGUUCAACCUCUUUGUGCCGAGCUCUGGGCGCUCCACACAAGUCUUCAAUUUGCUUUGCAGAUUCAAUCUAACGGCAUGGAGGCUCUUAAACUCAUUCAAGUCCCCCUUGCGUCUUCAAGCUCGAUUCCCCUUGUUCGUUCUAUCAGCAAUAUGAUAGGAAAGCAUUGGUUGAUCAGCUUUAAUUGGGUGCUGCGGGAUGCUAACAAACCUACUGAUAUGCUUGCUAAACUUGCUGACCACUCUCAGAUUGCUAUUGCUGUUCUUCAUAUCGCUCCUACUGUCAUGCUUCCUUUGUUGAAAAGAGGUAUCCUUGGACCUCCAUAUCUCAAGUCUAAACAUUAG